AUGCAACACCGCCCAAGCAAACAGCAGCCUAUAUCGGUCCACGACACAUGUGCCAGACCCGGAAAUUCCGACUGGAGAAAAGUACGAGUGGCAAUUGCGAGCAUGAAAGGGGGCACGACUCCCGGUCCUGACAAAAUCUCAACCGACUUGCUUCGUGCAGGUACGGAAAAAGUUCGAUACGGAAGGCACAUAGUCUUUAGAGGUCGAAGAUUAUCUACCGACGGUCCUUUGAGGAUGGAGAAUAGGAAUGCAACACCGCCCAAGCAAGAACAUACAAGGAACAAUAUAAUCGGUUGUCCACGACACAUGUGCCAGACCCGGAAAUUCCGACUGGAGAAGUAA